GUGGUCGGCAAAUAGUCAUUUAAAUUUUUACGAAGCUUUGAAUUGAAUUAACAUUUCCUUUCUGCGUACUAAUAUUUUGAUCAGUGACAAUGGUGUUAGCCCAUAAUAUCCUUGAGAGCGAGAGGACGAAGGAUGUGCAAAUUUCCCAAGAUGUUACUUUCGAUACCAUGCUCCUCUCUAGUACUACCAUAGAUGGAUUGAGAGAGUCAGGUUUUUUUAAACCUUCUCCAAUUCAAUUACAUGCAGUUCCUUUAGGAAAGUGUGGAUUUGAUUUAAUAUUAGAAGCAAAGUCUGGAACUGGUAAAACUGCUGUUUUUACCAUAAUAGCAUUAGAAAAAUUAGAUCUUAACAAAGAUCUCCAAGUAAUUAUUCUUGCACCAACUCGAGAAAUAGCAGCACAGAUCUGUGACGUAUUUAAACAAAUAGGGUGCAAAUAUGAAGGUUUAUGCGUGGAGGUUGUGAUGGGAGGUUUGCCAAUACAAGAUGAUAUAAGGAAAUUUAAGGAGAAAAAUGUCCAUGUUUUAGUUGCUAGUCCUGGACGUUUGAAACACCUUAUUUUUGACAAGCAUAUUAAUACAAAUUCAGUCAGACUAUUUGUUCUAGAUGAAGCUGAUAAAUUAAUGGAAAAAAGUUUCUUAUCAGACAUAAAGUUCAUACACUCUGUCUUACCUACUCAAAAACAAGUAAUCCUAAGCAGUGCAACAUAUCCUUCUUACUCAAAAGAGCUAAUUAGUCAAUUUGUUCAUGGUGCUCAACAUAUAUGCCCUAGUAGUGACUGUGUCCUGUUAGGAGUAGCACAAAAAGUGACAUUUGUUAAAUAUCAUAAUAAUGUUGUGAAACUUAUAGAAAAUAAACUACAAGAACUAUUAAAAAUUUUAACAAAAAUAGAUUUUAAACAAUGCCUUAUAUUUUGUAAUUAUCAAUCUAGAGUAGAAGACUUACAUAAAAUGCUGAUUAGAGAAAAAUGGCCUGCUGAACAACUUUACGGUAAACAGGAACAAAAUGAUCGUUUAGAUGCUAUUAAAACAUUACAAGAAUUCAAAUGCAGGUUACUGAUAACAACAGAUUUAGCAGCUCGUGGGAUUGAUGCAUCAAAUGUAAAUCUAGUAAUUAAUUUUGAACAUCCAUUUGAAUGGCAAACCUAUUUACAUAGAAUAGGUAGAGCAGGAAGAUAUGGAUCUUAUGGAACAGCUAUUACUAUAUUGAGUGAAGGUGGAGAGAAAAAUAAAUUUUUAAAUAUGCUACAAUCUUUGCAAAUAUCUAUCAGUUUAACAUCAUUGUGGACUGACGAAAUAGUAACUGAAGAUACUGAUGAAAAGCAGAUUGUAAAAUCGACACAUUUAACAACACCUACAGACACAGAAGAUAAAAACCGCAUUGAAUUAUUGAAAAUAAGUCAAAUUGACUCACAUUAUAUAAACAACAACCUAGAGAGCUUUGAAGAUUUACUCAAAUCAUUUAAGGGAUCUGAAAUCAGUGAAAAUAAUUUAAUGUCAUUCUCUGAUUUGCUUACUUCAUUCAAUGACAAUCAUAUAUCAGAUCUGGACGAAAGUUCUGAUUGUCAGUACAAAUGUAUUGGUAUUCCAGAUAAAGUGCCAAAGGAUUGCUUUAAUAAAAUAAAUGAAAUAAAAGAAAUCAUCCUAAAUAGAUCACCAAAAGAAGAAAACAAUUCUAAUUUUAAAGUACAAAUUUUUUUUGACCAAAAUGAAAUCAUAAGUUGUGAAAAAUCUGCAUCCAUACAGAUGGAAAACAAUAAUAUUCAAGAUAAAAAAAAAUUAAGCACAGCAUCGCAAAAUGUUGAUAUCGAUGAUAAUAAUCAUCUAUUGCAUAGUGAUAAAAAUAAAAUUAAAAAAUCUGAGACAGAAAAUAAAAGUUUUGACAUUGAAGCUAACAAUACUGCAGAAAGUUUGAAAUUAGGGCUUCCCUUAGCUUUUUCAAGUUCAAAAAAUAAAUCUAGGAUUAAUAAAAAUAAAAGUGCAAUAUCAACAGUAUCCAAAAAUCGCAACGGAUACAUGGAUCACAAAUUGGAUAAAUGUGAUGAAUAUGAAACAGAAAAUAAAUUCGAUUCAGAAUUUAUUCAGACAAAAUCUGGUUAUAAGACUCAACAUAGUAACACAACUGAAAUAAGUAAUCCAAAUCUUAACAAAGGCAAAGUUACAUGUUCUGGUAGCAAACCUUACCAAACAAACAUUAAGCAAAAUAACUCUACAGAUUACUACAUAAAUUGGUAUCAUCAAAUAAAAUUAAAGACUAAACAAAUUGAACUUGCAAUAUAUAUUGAUGAGCUCAGUAAAUGAAUGUUUAAAUAAAAA